AUGGCAACCACUCAGCAGCAACGCAACAAAGCCCUGUUUCCGAUAAGAAUGAAGAGGGGAUUGUCAACAAUGCGAAACCCUAUUUUCCACAAGUCCUUAGACGACGUGGAUCUACUGUACGAGAUCCUGCUGUCCGGUCUAUACUUUGACGACCACGGCAGAGGGCUGUGGCUGAGAGACGCAGAGCUGGCCUCUCUGCGGAAGACGCAGGAACUAGAGGUCCUCUGUGGUGACGCGCUCCCCAGGGAGCUGACAGACGUACGCCGGCUGGCCUCCAGGCUCCUGGGCCGCGUCGGGUCCCUGGGGCAGGGGGAUUUCGAGCGUACGCUUUUGACCAUGGUGUACACGGCCCAACAUGUGAUCGAAUCCCCCACGGACCACCAGAGAGACGUGUGGGCCGAGUCCUUUGUCAGCCUGUUCAAAGCCAUAAAGGAGGAUCUGAAAGAGGAGCGGUGA